AUGUUGGUAUCACGCCUUUUUCGGUUUUUAAGACACCGAACAAGGAAUAACUGGUCUGUAAAUAGCUUUGAACAACCAUUGCGUUUCAUUCACCUGGAACACAGUGCUAAAUCAAAGAGGGACUUCACCAAAUACGUUGAGAAGCCCACUCAUAUUGGUGAAAUAAGAAAUUUUUUACAGUAUCACAGGACUAACUCAGUUUUAUUCAAGAAAGAAGAGCUUGAGGCCAUGACUUGUGGCAUAUGGAAUGAAGUGCUCAAGGCUGGUGAUAUCGUUCUUGUGGAAAAGUAUUUGGAAAUGCGAGUAAACUCAGGAUUAAAAUUAAAUGCUAGUGAGAUUCUGGCUGACCUUAGAAAAGCAAACAUGAAACCCACACUGUCAGUUUUCACUUCAUUUAUUCGUCAAAGUUGUCUUACGGGAAAUAUUGAUGAGACAGAGUUACACAUACGUUCACUUAAGAAGUUUGGAUUCAACCCGAAUUCGUUAAUUUUUUCUCUUGUCCUUCAUGGUUACGUUAAAGCUGGAUUACCAAAUGAGGUUGUUGCCUUUCAAGAAAAAUUGUCAAGUAUUGGUUUAUGGCCAUCGAAGUUUGGUUAUGAAGGUCUUUUAUCUGCUUAUGCUGAUCUCGGUGACAAAGUUCGCUUUUUAAAAACACUUGAAGAAGCUCUCGCUACCCUUCCAUCAGUAAAGUCAGCGGAACAGAGUUACUCCUCCGACUCCAUGUUUUCAUCAUUGUUUAUUUUGGAUAUGUACACCAGACUUACAUGCUCUCUAGGGACUAGUAAUGCAACGUGUGAUGAAAUAUUCACAAAGUUGCCUUCAAUGAUGACUCCAAAUGGUUUUGCUCGGGACACAGUUAAAAUUCUCCUUGCUCGCGGUUAUACAGCAGCUGCUUUUGAAGUUUUCAAAAGAAUCUAUUCAAAAGAUACGAAAUCUGGAUAUUUGUAUUCUCUACUUCGUUAUGCUGCUCAUGGUGGUCUAAAUCCAGAGUCAUUAAAACCGUUUUGGAAAGUGGCCGCUGCUGAUGAUGCCUCACAUUUUCAAUCACUUGAGAAUCAAACAAAGUUGUAUUUUCAACGACGUAUAUCAAGGAAGUCUAAUGAAGCCGGUGAAGAAGAGAUGUACAGAAAUCCAAGGGAGGAAAAUGUUGAAGAAACUGUCGAUCUGUUUACUACUUCGUCAGAUCUUACAUCUCAACAUCUAUCAGCUAGAAAAUUUGAUGAUAAUUCUAUCAGUUAUGCUUGUGCGUUACUACGGAAAAAUAUAAGGAGUCAUAGUAAUAAUAAUAAUAAUCAUACUCCUAUUGCCAGUAAUACUACUAAUGUCUAUGAAAUUGAAAACAAAUUUUGGAAAGAAUUUAAAAAUCAAAAUCAUACUCCUGACAGUAUUUCUGAUUCAGUCAGAGCUAUUAAUCAUCUAUUCAUUAUCCUAAAAGACUACAACGGUCUUGAAGGCUUCUUUCAUCGUGUAAUAUCUGAUGCUCCAGGUUGUGCAAAGCAUUUUCUUAAUCGAAUGUCUAUCUCUGCAUUAUUGACUAAACAGUGUCGGAAAAACUGGGAUUUACUUGUUUCUGCUUUAAAAUCUGACGAUAUAUAUGAUUCCUCUGUAUGCAUGACUGUUCGAUUAAUGGAAAGUCUGCGACCCCAGUAUCCUGAACUUCAAAACGAUAUUCAACCAUCAUGGCCAGUAGAAGUCUUCUUACAUCGUCUACGAAAUGAUAGUCAUUCACGAAAGUUGGGUAGACUACAUUCAAUUGUUGAAUCAUUCUGUAAAGCUGAUUCACCUGAUACCAUCUACACUCUUCAACAAUCAGCCCUCCAAUAUAGUCUGUUAUUUCUACCAAAAACAAUAAGAACAAUCCUUGUUACACCAUAUCUCAUACACGGUGAUCAUAUCAUACAGCAUAAUCGAUUACUGCAUACAAAUCAUGAAUUUGUUAAUCAUUUCCCAGUCAACUUAAAUACUACUGCUACUACUCAUAAUAAUAAUAGUAGUAUAAUUAAUCCGAAUAGAAAUGCAUUAAAACACCUUGAUUCAUUAAUCAAAAUCUCCGCCUCUUCUGCUUCUUCAACUAUUGAUCAAGUAAUUGAUCGAACAGUGAAUUGGUUAACACAAACUGUUCCGUGUCAUUUAUUUCAAACAAUAACCCCACGAGUUGAUCCAUUAAAUUCAGAUAUACCUAUAUGGUUGGUGGUUUGUCAACGUUUAUUCCAAGAUGAUUCAAUAUUUCAGUCGUCUAUAAAUUGGACAUAUUUAGCAUUGAAAUGGUUGGAAAAGGCGAAUAGUGACGACAACACCAACGCUAACACCAACAACAGCAUUACAACAUCUGAGUGUUGUUUAAAUUGUUUCAGAGAAUGGUAUCGAUAUGCACCGGAUAAUGCUACUUCUGUUGCCUUAUUAAUUGCUGGUCUUAUACAUCCCGUUACCAAAGAAUGGAGUUUAUCAAUUCUACAUGAAAGACGUGAUAUACUAUAUGAUAUUAUUGUUUCUGACUGUCUUAAUCAACUGACUAUUGAUGAAUAUCAAAAUUGUGUAGUUGAUAUAAUUGCCAAUUGUGGAAAAACCAACACUUUGUCGAUUGCACGUCAAAUUUAUCAGAAUGGUUUUGAUGCACCAACUUUACAGUAUAUUAUUAAUAAACUACCCGGCGAAGAUUCAAUGCAUGAAUUGGCCAGUUUAUGUUUAGCGAAGGAGGAAUGGUUGAAACCAAUGUUAGAUUUUGUAUCAGAACAUUAUUCAGAAAGUUAUUUGACAUUCUGUAAUCACUUAUUAAAUUUACUACGCAUAAAACCAAGUCACUCGGAUAAUUUGGUAUAUACUGUAAAGUUGAUCAAAGAUUCACUGGAUCUAUCGAAAUUAGAUCCUGUCAAUAGAUGGCUGAUGUAUACAGUUGGUAAAAUGAAUAAUAUAACAGGCAUGCCUGACAAGAUAUCAUUGGAUGAAUUGAACUCAGCUUUAUCAAAGCAUAGCAUAUCAUUAAAUAUCAUAUUGGACGAUUUACAAACAGCAAUAACCAAUCGAAAUCAUACCAUCGUUAUUGAAUUGUUAAAAAGCUCAGAUGAAAAAAUGUUAGACAUCUUGGCACCAUUUGUUGUUUAUUCUGUGCUCAUGCAACAAAGUUUACCUGACAUCAAUCGACUACUUCAUGUCGCAGCUGACAGUAAUGAAAAGAAAUUAUUGACAGUAUUGUGUAAAUAUUCUCAACCUUUAAUGAAAUAUAGGUUGUGCUAUUCAUAUCAAGCACUGCAACGACACUAUGAGGGCCAAACGAUGGAUUGGUUAUCAAUAGCUGGUAUGAAAUACUUCCAUCUUGAACCGUUGAGUAUUAGGCUAAAAACAGAUAUAACAAUGGAAAGCAAUCAAGAUUAUAUGAAAUUGUCACCUAAAGAAUCAAUACCUGAGUUUGCUCAAUCCCUAGUCAAUAGUCAUCAAAAUGAUCGAGGAACUCAAGAGUCCAUUAUGAUGUCAAUUACUCGAUCAUGGGAUAUGCAAAGGAAAUUGAUUCUCUUGUAUAAUCUUGUUAAUCUUGGAGCUGAGAAUCUUGUCAAACGUGUUCUAUCAUCAUUACCAGAAUCGGAUAAAAGCAAAUAUUAUGCGUUGAAGUCAAUUUCACAUAUUAUACGAGUUUGUUCCAAAUCUCUGAAUGAUGAUGGCAAUGAUUUUGAUGGUAAUAAUGAUGACAACGGUGUCGAUGUUGGCGAUCAUAGAGAAAGUUUAAAAACUGUUGAAUCUGUAAUCAAUAAACUGACCCGUAUGACUCCAGAGGAUUUAAUCACUGUUAUUAACAGUCCACAUAUGGAUACAUUAUUUCGAUGUUGGCCUACUGAUUAUAUUAUAGAGUUGAUAAGCAUUGUGAAUAAGAUAUCAGAAAAUGGAAUCAGUUCAGCAGGUUCACAUUUAGCUGGAGUACUAAUCAAUCGAGGUUUGUGUGAUCAUAUUGGAGAGUUAACUAAUAUUAUUGAACCUAUAUCGCCAACCUUUUUGUCUGGUAGUCCUCGGUAUCCACUGACGGAAUCUUCUUUCUUGUCAACACUUGAAUUUAUGAAAACCACCGAUCCGGAACAUAUUCCUGAUUUCUUGGAUAAUUGUUUACGUGUUGCAGCGGAAUCCCCUGUAGCAAGUAACAAACUGACUGGUUUAAUACGUACAAUGACUUCAUCGAUGGCUUGUAAUCAAGAUUUGUUGAAAUCAAUUACUCCGUCGACUGUUCAACUUAUUCGAAGUCAUUUUGAGAAAUCUGAUAAGAUCCCAGAUGAUAUUCUUCAGACAUUGAACUCUAUUCUUCACGAAGAGAGUAAUACUACCACUACUACUACUACUAUUAAUAAUAAUAAUAAUAAAGACAAGUAA